AAUUAGGGCAAAUACCCUUCAUUCAGUGCGAAGCAAUUUCUGAUUUCUCUCACGCGCAGCCGUCGAAGGAUUCUUUUACCUUGUUGAAUCAAAAUGGUUCUCCCGAACGAUGUCGAUUUGCUGCAUCCUCCACCGGAGUUGGAGAAGAAGAAGCACAAGCUCAAGCGUCUCGUCCAGUCUCCCAAUUCUUUUUUCAUGGAUGUGAAAUGUCAGGGUUGCUUCAACAUAACCACUGUUUUUAGCCACUCACAAACCGUUGUGGUCUGCGGCAACUGCCAGACGGUGUUAUGCCAGCCCACUGGUGGCCGUGCCCGACUCACGGAGGGAUGCUCCUUCAGGAGAAAAGGGGACUGAGACUGCAGGCGUCCUGUUGCUACUCGACUAUUGCCUCUUUUCUUAUUCAGCCGUGGUAUCCAAUGAAUUUUUGACUUUUUAGGAUUUCAAUUAAGUUUAUGUCUUGUGUCAACUUAGGAAGUGCACUUGAGUAAGGGGAAUUUGUUUCUCUGUACGAGGUGCUACUUAUCCCAUGACAUGAAUUGUUAAGUAAUCUGAUUCUUUCUUUGCUAGUCGUUAUUUGUUUGAUUUUGAAGUACUUGUUUUAAUAUUUGGCAACUUAAUAGUUUGAAAAUA